AUCGCUCAAUCGUAUAAAUAUCAAAAUACGCAACAAUCACACUAUAGUUAUAGAAUUUUCUACAUCAAUGCGAAAACAUUACUCAAGAAUUAUUAAUCCUCACACUUCUUCUAAUCUCACUACCCUUUCUGACGAACCUGGCAAAAGGGUAGAAAGAUCCUCUAAGGAUGAUUUAACUCUUAAUGACGAAAGGAAAAGCGAUAUAGCAACCAAUUCGAAUAUAACUCCAAAUAUAAUGAUUGAAAUUCCGAAAGUGGCUGAGAAAGCCAUAAUAAUAGGAAAAGCGAUCGAUGAAAUGAAUGAAAGUAAAGUAAGUCUUCUCCAAAGGAUUUUGGGGCUUCCCCGGAGGAAAAAGCGUUUUACAACCUCCAAAUCCACUCCAACCGUGACUAAUCAAGCUAAUUUUGAAAGGAAUAUACCGGAAGAUGGAAAACUCACUAACCCUUCUGACGAAACUGGCACAAGGGUAAAAAGAUCCUCUAAGGAUGACUUGAUUCUUGAUGAAAGCAUAAGCGAUAUAUCAACCAAUUCUAAUGUAUUAAUUGAAAUUCCGAUAGUGGAUGAAACCAUGAAAGCUAGUAAAAUGAGCCUAUUCCAAAGAGCUUUAGGGAUUGCCAAGAGGAAAAAGCAUUCCAAAUCCAAUCCAAAUAUAAUUAACCAACCUAUACCGGAGGAUAGAAAACUCACUGACUCUUCUGACGAAAAUGGCAAAAGGGUAAAACGAUCCCUUAAGGAUUAUUUAAUUGCAACUAAUUCGACAACUUUAAAUACAAAGAUUGAAAAGCCAAGAAAGGAUGAAAUGAUGAUAAAAGAUAGUAGGAUAAGCCUAUUACAGAGGGUAUUGCGAAUUUCCCAAAGUACAAAGCGUUUUAUAACCUCCAAAUCAAACGUAAUUGAACAACCUAAAUUUGAAAGGGAUAUACCGGAAGGAAAGACUAACCUUUCUAGUGAACCUACCACAAGUCUGAAAAGACCCUUUAGCGAUGAAUUAUAUGUUUAUCAAAGUAAGGACGAACCAACUACAUCGAAUACCCCAUAUGAGGAUGCAAUAAUUACGACCCAGAAUCAAUGCGAAUGGUUUGAUAUACCACUUGAUGACGAAAAUGAGAAGAAAUCACACCCCGCAAAGAAAGUAGCAAGAAGAUGGUCAUUUCGCCAAGUGAAGCUACCCGACAGGAAUCAAAUCGGACGGAUAUGGAACAGGGUGGUUAGGUUAUAUAGGAAUCCAAAUAAGAACCCAAAGAUGUCGAAGCCCAUCCUAGCUUUUUCUAAUGCGAGAGAGAGGAAAAUGGCUAUUAUGGAAGCUAAGAUCAAAGCUUUCGAAUACGCAAGUUUUCAAAGCUGUUUCAAAGACCACUCGUUUACUGGCUUAGAAGACGAAGUUAAGAUAUUGAGGAUUGGCAAAUUGAUUAAACCCAUCGAUCAUUUAAUGCGUUUCGAAAGGUCAAAAAGGCAAUUACAUAUCUUGGAUACCAUACCAGAAGUGGAUGAAAGGGAAUAUCUUCUAACUACUAUAUAUUCUAGAGGUAAAACGUGGAUCACGCGAGCCCUCAAAAGCAAGCGGCAAAUAAAUCAAACCCCUUGAUAAGAAUAUAAUUUUCAUUUUAUUCUCUUUAAAUAUCUUUUAUUAUUAAAAUUAAAAUUGUAAAAAUAUGUGAACUAAAGCUAAAUAUAUUUUAUUUAAAAAUUAUUAACCUAUAGAUAAAACAUGGAUAAAGCCAGCCCUCAAAAGCAAGUGGCAACCAUAUCGCCCUUGAUAAGAAUAUAAUUUUCAUUUUAUUACUUUUAAUGGUUUUUAUUAUUAAAAAGAAAUCUGGAAAGAAAUGUGAACUAAUGCUUAAUAUAUUUUAUUUAUGACAGAAAUCAUUUUCGAUAUUCAAAAUCAGCUAUGUAAAGCAAGGAUCAUAUCACCCCUCAAAAGCAAACGGCAAUCAUAUCGGCCUUGAUAAGAAUAUUAUUUUCAUUUUAUUACUUUUAAUAGUUUUUAUUAUUAAAAAGAAAACUGGGAAAAAAUGUGAACUAAUGCUUAAUAUAUUUUAUUUAUGACAGAAAUCAUUUUCGUUAUUCAAAAUCAGCUAUGUAAAGCAAGGAUCAUAUCCCCCCUCAAAAGCAAGCGGCAAUCAUAUCGCCCUUGAUAAGAAUAUUAUUUUCAUUUUAUUCCUUUUAAAUGGUUUUUAUUAUUAAAAUGUAAAAAGUAGUGAACUAAUGCUAAAUAUAUUUUAUUUAUGACAGAAAUCAUUUUCGUUAUUUAAAAUCAGCUAUGUAAAGCAAGGAUCAUACUACCCCUCAAAAGCAAGUGGCAACCAUAUCGCCCUUGAUAAGAAUAUAAUUUUCAUUUUAUUACUUUUAAUGGUUUUUAUUAUUAAAAAGAAAUCUGGAAAGAAAUGUGAACUAAUGCUUAAUAUAUUUUAUUUAUGACAGAAAUCAUUUUCGUUAUUCAAAAUCAGCUAUGUAAAGCAAGGAUCAUAUCACCCCUCAAAAGCAAGCGGCAAUCAUAUCGUUCUUGAUAAGAAUAUUAUUUUCAUUUUAUUCCUUUUAAAUGGUUUUUAUUAUUAAA